AUGUGCUGGUGGUGCUGCAUGCGUGUGUUGGAAAAGUGUCUGCCCCGGAACGACAUUGUACGGGAAUUGGCGCCAUAUUUGCAGCAUGUGCAUCAGGACGACGCAUUGGAUGAUGAGGCACGGAGAGGUGGCGAGACGGGUGGCCCUUGGGUACGUACGCAGUCUCCAAGAGGAGUCGACAAGGACUCGGCUACGUCGAGUGACUCACUGCGUCACGUGAAUGUCAAUUGCCCACUCCGUCACAGUCUCGACUGUGAACUGAGUCUUCAGUCUACUAUGACCACAAAUCAAAGCAAACCACUCGUUAAAAUGAGUGUGAGAAAGCCAGAAUGUGGCACGAAUCAGGAUGGUGGCAAUUGCCAGGACUAUACAAGUGCUACAUGCCAGAAAGAACAGAGGAUAUCAGCCGAGAUCUCAGCACCACAGGAUGGAGUUCGUUCCAUGACGUCACAGGGAAGUUCACAGACUCAAAGCCAAGAGAGAGAAAACCCGACGUUGCUUCGUCUUACAAGAAUGGAAGCAGAAAGUGGAGGCAGCAGCACACAUAGCAGAGAUUUGUCGGGAUCGGAGUAUUCGGAAGCAGGUUUGAACGGUACAAUGAUUGGAAAGAAGAGCUCGGUGAUGAAAGUUAAAACAGACUUGGGAGACCUUACUCCCGUGAGGUGGGAAAAGGUGGUGAUAGUGCAGGUGUCGGUGCAGGGAUUCCGAGAGAUGAUUAGUCAGGCCAAGGAUUUGAUGGAGGACGCGAAGCUCUUGUAUGAACACACGGUACUGUCUCGAUUAGCGUCGGAAUAUGGAGGACAAGAGAUUUUGAGCCAUUCGAGAUCAGGGCUAUUUGUGAUUGCUUUUGCCUCGGAAUUUCACGCUGCCAAAUGGUGUUUGUCGCUACAGCUCAGUCUUGUGUACGCUGCAUGGAACGAUAAGUUGCUGAAGCAGUUUGACGAUAUGAAGGAAGUAUCCGUGACGACAAAUGGGAAAACGAAGAAGAACAUGUUGCUUUACCGAGGCUUCCGUGUUCGGAUGGUCAUUCACACGGCAGAUCCUGAUAUAACUCCGGAGCUUUCGCUGUGUGAAGCUGUUAAAUGGACAAAGACUGUUAGCGAGUAUGCACAUGGAGGUCAAAUCGUCUUAAGUGACAGUGUGUGGGAUCGAUUAAAGGAGCAACUUGUCCAGCUGGGCAACCCUGUGGUGGAGGACUUGGGUUGCCACGCUGUUUUGGGCGACGAAGUGCUGCUUAUGCUCUUACUGCCGCGGGAUCUGGAAUUACGACGCUUUCCGACCUUGAAGAGCCCACAACAGCUAUCCCUUGGUAUGCGAGAUGCACCGGCAGCACAGAAGCCAGUGACUAUGGUGUUCACGUUCAUUGAAGGUGCUCGACCGCUGGUUCGUUGUCACGCAGAAGAGCUUGCUGAUCGGAUCAAAACAUUGUGUAUGGUUGCUCGUGAGUUACUGAGAAAACACAAUGGCUACGAGUGCCAGGAGUUACAGGGAGAUUUCAUGCUGGCAUUCUUUACGCCUGCGAGUGCCAUAUUGUGGUGCGGCGAAUUCCAAAUACGUAUUCGGCAAAAGUUUUGCGAGUGGGAUCUAGAGAACGAGAAUCAGGAGUUGCGGUUUUCGAUGUCGAUAGGCAUUGAAACUGGUGUUCCGGCUAGUGUAAGCCCGCACAAAACAAGCGGGCGCGCCGAUUACUUUGGCAACAUUGUGAAUCAGACAGCACGUAUCGCCAAGGCAGCGCAUGGCGGCCAGGUGUUAAUUGGUGGUGAUGCGUGGACUGCUUUUUGUGAUGCUCAAGCUAUAUGCUCUAGCCAGAAGAUUAUCAAGAAAUCCGAUAAGAUCAAGGACAUACCCGGCUCUUCAAUUUUACAGUUCAAGUUUCACGGAUACUAUAAUUUCAAGGGUAUCUCGAAACCGAUUGGCCUCAUUGAAGCGAUUCCCAUUGACGCGCAAUCUCCAAAGUUGAGCGUGGAGCUUGCGACUCUUGUACGUGGUCACGUUCCGAAGGGCAAAAAGAUUGAAGACGCUGCGCUUGUCAAUCAAGCGAAGACGUUCGUGCCGGAUGUUCCGACGGAGUUGAUUCGGCUUAGUCAUGGUGGCGAGCAACCCAAUAACUCGAUCCGUGAGACGGAGUUCGACUUUAGCCUAUCAUGGGACGAUAGUAUUUUUGUGUUCGAGGAUAUUGACGAGGAAAAUGGAGAAUUGGAAGGAGAGGGGAACGGGCGCGGUCCGGCUAACCAAAUGGUUUGCGGUAGUGUGGCUCUUGCCGCGCGAAAUAGCACUCUCAACCAUUCUCAACUUAUGGCAAUGCUUCGAUUAUCGGGUGCGGAGAGCUCCGUCACGCCGUCCCAGCCUAAUUCCGCUACCCCAAUGCGGACCGAAGACAUGAAUAGAGUAUAA